AUGCUGUUUAAUCAAACCAAUGAAAACUCUCCUAUCGGGCGGGAUAGAUGCAGCCCCUCUGUCUUUCGGCCUCCUAAAUUUCUGAUUUCUACUGCUCCGUCAAAGAAAACGCUGGCCGCGACGGCGCAGCCAUGGUACCCAAGCACGCAUUCUGAAAAAAGAGACGCCGAUAUUUCAAGAGCUUCUUCCUCAGCACCACCAGCUUUGGACUUUUCAUCAAAUAUUAAGCCGAAGGCGGCGCCAUAUUUAGCCUCAGAUGAGUCCACGCCUUCGCUUGAUGGCGGGACCGUCCCCUUUUCGCCCCUUUCGACGCCAAUAAAUUGUUUUUUUCACGCCUUCAGCGAUGAUGCCACGGAGAGGCGAGUGUACCCUAUGAACAUGUUUUUGUCAGCGCGUAAGGACGCGUCACACACGCCCCAUGGGGUGUUGCGGUGGUGCAUGCGGCAGUACUUGGAGGUGUCAGCCCUGAAGGUGCCGGCACACCUUCAGCUCUCCAUGAAUGAGGUAAUCAGCCCUGAGGAUGGUGUGACACGUGGGGCCCUCGGCUCACACCUAAAGUUAAAGUCACGCCCCAUCCUCGUGAGACAGACACGACAUAAGGUAAUGUCCAUCCUGAGCCGCAUCACACCACAGAAGUACGAUGAUCUUCUUGAUGAACUGUUAAAACUACCGCUGCGACAAACUGAUGAUGUGGAGCUGCAUGAGAUUGUAAAAGUUUUCUUUAAUAAGGCUGUACAGGAGCCGGAGUACAAUGGACUUUAUGCUCAACUACUCCAAACGUUGUGCACUAUGAGGGACGACGAGCGUAAGUUGGAGGUAGAGCUCUGGGACCGGCUCCUGUGCCAUCGUAUGCGUCAUUUACUCAUCUCAGCGUGUGAAGAGGAGUUCCGACGGCCAGCUAGGUUAACCCCGGACGAACAAGUUGACCGUACCACCGGUAAGCCUUUGAGUAAGGAGGAGCUUGAAAUGAAACAUACGCGCCUGAAAAAUCGUCUGGUGGGUAACAUCAAGUUUGUAGGUGAGCUUUUUAAGAUGUCUCUCAUUACGGAGAGCGUCAUUGUAGAUAUUCUCAGGUCUCUUGUGUGGGACUACAGCAUCUCGAACCCACUGGCCAAGGAGGACUACGUUUUUGAGGUGUUCGCGAUGCUCGUCAAAACGGUAGCACCCCUUCUUAGGGACAGUAACCCUGAGAUGCUUUCGAGGUAUCUUGGAAUAGCGAAAGAUGUUGAGGUGUCACAUCCACGUCCGAGGGUUCGAUUUUUGAUGAUGGAUUUAAGUGAUCUGAACAUUAAAAAUGGCUGGGUUUUAAGUUUUGAGAGUCGCACAAAAAAUAUUAACUCUGAAAGUAUGAAUUAUCCCAAGUCUCUGGCCGAGACGGUUCAAUCUUCAGUAGCAUCAACAGGCAUAACCACGCCUACGGAGAAAAACUUGACCCGAAAGGGUUCUUCAGCGGACCUUGCUCCUGCCCCUAUAACACCUAGUGUUUCAAUGAACGAUAUUACCUCUGGGGUGUUAAAUAUCAAUGCUCCCUUUCGGGACUCCACUAUGACUGCAAGUUUACCCACUACGAGCGGACGAAUCAUGAACAGUCAUAGUCCCACAACAAACUCAUCUAAUUUGUACAACACUCAUAUUAAUGGCACUAGCAAUUUCCUUAAUGAUUCUCAGAUGUCAUGUGCACAGGGUCAGCGCAUUGGUGCGGCCAUCCAGCGCAACUCCAUUCGUGACUCACCAACCGCAUCGUAUCCAAAGACGAACACGCAGUCGACAUUUUCACUUGGAAUUACCGCCAGUGAAUUGAGCUCCGGGGUCGUUAGCGAAGGUGUCCCAACACCCAUCUUAAAAUCCGCUCAGCCUUUAUCUGGAAGUGUUAACAUUGAUGAGGUAACACAGCACUUAAUAGAACUGUUUAACCGUGCCGAAGAGGAGGAAAACGUUUUGCGCUACUUUAACAGAAUAAACUUCAAAAACAAGGUCCUAUGUCUCACAUGGUGGCUAAGAAGAGUUUCCACCGACACAUCGCUCUUUCGGGAGCGUGAGCGGGUAACCAACCUUCUUUCUAAGAUUUUGCUGUCCUGCCCUAGUUUCAAACCAAACGACGUCUUUAUAGUUAUUGUGGAGUGGAUACGAUUUGACAUUGAGAAAGCACUUUUCAAUGAUUGCCCUGACAUGUUCAGUAAUAUCGCACACAUGAUCUCCUACUCCUACUCAGGGCAGGCGUCGCAACUCUCCAAUAUCCAUGAUAUCCGUGAGCUACUCCACGCCGGGCUAUUCAACAUCAUGCUUCAUGAGCUCAUCCUUCGACAACACACAGACCAAAUGAUGACGCUCGCCAAGUGCGCCUACCCUGUUUGUAUGUCUAUCCUCAACAGCAUUGUCGAUUCACACAACCCAAGCGACAUCCUUCGUGUCGCAGUGGAGAACCGCUUUCUCAUGCUACAGUACUUUUUAUGUACGAGUAAUGGACUCGAAAACGAUAUCCUUCACGCCCCGCGGCGUCGUUGUCGCACCCUUACUGCAACUUUGAAGUGCAACACCCCUAAUGGGCAAGACGACAUCCCACUCACGGGCCAUUACGACCCACUCGCGGACUGUUUUUCGUUUUAUCAAAUCUCAGAUGAUCCCGAGCUCGUGCUGUACCGCUCAAUUGUCUCUGAGAAGUGCCCUCAGCGACGGCAAGAAGCCAUUAAGUUGGCGCUUUCUGCUGAUAACGGAGCGUCUAUGGUUUCGCAGCUGAUUCAAUUCAUGAAGGUCAUUGGUGUCUUGCUUGCUUGCACGAAUAUCUUGGCCCAUAAAGACAACGUCGACCUACUCCUAAAGGUAAAUGAGGAGAUCGCGCCUGUUUUUAGCUUCCGAAAAGGGACAUUAUUUGAGGCAGCGGCCGUCAUGGAGCUCAUCAUCUUUUUUGCACAGGCUCUUCCUUGUCGCAUGGAGGUUAAAUCCAAAGACAAGUGCAUCAAGCCCUUACUCCAGGUCUUUGGGCGGUGGUGUAACCAAGGCUUGGUUGACAAGAAGGCCGUCAUGGAGAUGAUCCGAUCACUCGUAAACAUUGAGGGGAACAUUGAAGUCUUCACAACCUACUACAACUCCAUCACAUGCGCAGAUUUGUCGUUGAGUAGGAUUUUAAAUUGUUUAUUGUAA